GACACUGUUGUACUUGUCAUUCAGACAUCCCAGGAAUUCAACAACACCAUAAGCGACCAACACGGGAUAACAAGGGCAUUUUAACUCACGAGCGGGCUCUGUGCCCCGAGAGGGACAAUGAGCUCAUAAUUUUUGUGGGAUCACCUUGGAAAUCACUAACUAUGCCGGUGUGCAGUCUUCUCCUCCCCUCAUUCUUGUGAAGCUUCUCUCAUCUCUUCGUUAUUAUUGUUCAGGUGAGGAGUCAACCUGAAGGCCACGGACCAAUGAGACCCAAAAUGUUUCCCACGAACAACUACAACAGCCAACAAAUGCUGCAGGAAAUCCGAAACAGUCUGCGCAACAUGACAAAACCCUCGGACCCACCUAAAGCAGACAUGAGCUGUUCUGCGAAAAUGCUUUUGGAAGACUCGAGGCAGCAGGGGCGAUCCAGUAACCCCAAAAACCCACACCAUAAGGCUCUACAGGAGAUCCGAAAAUCUCUGCAGCCCUUUGCUAAUGAACCCAGUCAUCCAUCAGAAAAACACAUGUCUAUGGAUCCACCGUGGGCCAGCUUUGAAGAGCCUGGUCACAGUCGUAGUAUGGGGGGUUUGGAUUACAUGAGUAAGGUGAGCUACCAGGACCCAAUGAGGGAACAGAUGGCUGCUGCCAACCCCAGCGGUUCGAGCCUGAAAGCCUCAGGUUCAUCUCACCUUCAGCAGCCAGUCCUAAGGAGGCCCAGCUGGAAGGGAUCUCGAGAAUCCCUAACCCCCCGACACGGCCCACUGAUGGCAGACGGGCUGUACCGGUCCGACAGCCCUGGACCACCUCCUGCUUUUCCACAGGGCCACCCCUCUAACAGCCAGAGAGUGAACCCCCCUGUCCCCCCUCAGGUCCGCAGCGUCACUCCACCUCCCAACCGCGGUCCGAUGCCCCCUGCGCCAUCUUGGGACAACCCAUCCACCAAACGCUACUCCAGUAACAUGGAUUAUCACGUGCCACGCAUCUCGCCAGUGCCACAGGGGGCGUGGCCUGAGAGCUACUCCUCCUCAGCUACUCAAAGUCAAAGAGGCAGCCACCAGCCAAUCAUAAUGCAGAACACUGGCCCUAAUAAGUUUACCUUUCCUUCCUGGUCGCAGAAUAACAACCCGCAGUCAGAUUACCAUUCAGGAAGCAGGCAGCCCCCUCCACCUUAUCCUGUCAACCAGUCCAGCCGCCAUAGCCCCACAGACCAGACAGGAGGCCCGGCAUCGUCCCCGUCUUACGUCAAUGGUGGUAAUCUUCCUCAGUCUAUGAUGGUGCCCAAUAGGAACAGCCACAAUUUGGACUUGUACGGAUUAGGCCCUCCCCAGACAUGGUCCCAAGCCCCUUCCAGCCAGCUUCAGUCGUCAUCCGGGAACAGCAGUAACCAGGAUCUGUCUCCGUCAUGGCAGAACAUCCCAGUCCGCUCCAACUCCUUCACCAACCCCAAUCUGAACGGUAGGGCAUGCCAUUCCUCCAACUCCCAGCCUUCUGCCACAACCGUUACCGCCAUCACCCAAGCCCCCAUCCUGCAGCCCAUCAAAAGCAUGCCUGUACAGAAGCCGGAGCUCCACACAGCGGUUGCCCCCACUCACCCCCCUUGGGCACAACCGCCUCCUCCCCCUCAAGCCGCACCCGCAUACCCCGAACCUACGUCAUCCAUUCCUCAAAUAUCGGUGGUACAAGAAGCUCCGAGUUACCAAGCCCCCCCACCAUAUCCCAAACAUCUUCUUCAGCAAACGGCCACACCAAGUCCACCUGCCUACGACCCAGCAGCAGGUAAGGCAAGUUCGGUUGACGAUGAAGGGAUUUCCGGAGACGUACCAAGAGAAAAAGCACCAGAAAAUGCAGAAAGUACAACGGAAAAGGAGAAAAAGCAGAUCACAACGUCGCCCGUUCCAUUAAGGCGCAACAAGAAGGAUGCAGAGAGGAGAGGGGAGUCCGGGAGAGUGGCGUUGUACUCCCCACAAGCAUUUAAGUUCUUUAUGGAGCAGCACGUGGAAAAUAUCCUCAAGAACCACCAGAUGAGGAUCCGCCGCAGGAAGCAGCUGGAGAGUGAGAUGCAAAGGGUGGGAUUGUCCCCUGAUGCCCAGGAACAGAUGCGAAUGAUGCUUUGCCAGAAAGAAUCCAACUACAUCCGACUAAAACGCGCCAAGAUGGAGAAAUCCAUGUUCAAGAGGAUCAAGACCCUUGGCAUUGGCGCGUUUGGUAAGGUCUGUUUGGCCCGGAAAGAGGAUACAGGUGCACUGUACGCCAUGAAGACUCUUCGAAAAAAGGACGUGCUCUUAAGAAACCAGGUGGCCCACGUCAAAGCAGAGAGGGACAUCCUGGCCGAGGCUGACAACGAGUGGGUGGUCCGUCUCUACUACUCCUUCCAAGAUAAGGACAACCUGUACUUUGUCAUGGAGUACAUCCCAGGAGGCGACAUGAUGAGUUUGCUGAUCCGACUGGGCAUCUUCAAAGAGGAGCUUGCCCAGUUUUACAUCGCAGAGCUCACCUGUGCCGUCGAGAGCGUCCACAAAAUGGGUUUUAUUCACAGAGACAUUAAACCAGAUAAUAUCCUGAUAGACCGGGACGGGCACAUCAAACUCACAGACUUCGGACUCUGCACUGGUUUCCGUUGGACGCACGACUCCAAGUACUAUCAGAGUGGUGACCAUGUGAGGCAGGACAGUAUGGAUUUCAGUAAAGAGUGGGAGGACCCCUCAAACUGUCGCUGCACUGACAGGUUAAAACCCCUGGAGCGGAGGAAGGCCCGGCAGCACCAGAGGUGUCUGGCUCAUUCGUUAGUGGGGACACCCAACUACAUUGCUCCUGAAGUUUUGCUAAGGACAGGAUACACUCAGCUGUGCGAUUGGUGGAGCGUCGGUGUCAUCUUGUAUGAGAUGGUUGUUGGGCAGCCUCCAUUCUUGGCUACCACACCCAUGGAAACACAGCUCAAGGUGAUCAACUGGAAGAGCACGCUGCACAUUCCGCCGGCUGCCAAACUCAGUCCUGAAGCAUCAGACCUCAUCAUCAAACUGUGCCGCGGACACGAGGACCGACUUGGGAAGAACGGAACAGACGAAAUUAAAGACCACCCGUUUUUUAGAAGUAUUGACUUUUCCAGCGACCUCCGGCAACAGGCGGCACCUUAUGUCCCGACAAUUGCCCAUUCCACUGACACAUCUAAUUUUGACCCAGUAGACCCAGACAAACUGUGGAGCAAUGACAGUGAUGACGAGGACAACCAUAACGACACUCUGAAUGUCUGGUUCAGAAAUGGAAAACACCCCGAACACGCGUUCUAUGAAUUUACUUUUAGAAGAUUUUUUGACGAUAAUGGCCACCCCUACAGCUGCCCCAAACCAAUCCAGUAUGAGGAGGAUGAGGCAGAGGCAGAAGGGGGCACUCAGGAGGUGAUCACUGAAUUGGCAGCUCAGGGGCGGGACUUGGUCUAUGUCUAGUCUUGGAGUUUAAUGUACACAACCUAUUUUAAAAACUUUUGAGGGGUACGUAUUGAUGUAGGAAUAAAGGCAGCACUCAAAGGAAAGAUCGCUGGGUAACUUAACAUUUUUUUAAACUCCUAAUGAUCAAAGUAGUGUUAGCGGAUGGUAUGUUUUGCAUUUUGUACCUGCCCUUUGCCCUAAAGAAUGUCCCCUGUGACUGGUUUGAAGUAGUUGUUUACAUUGUAAAUUGAAUUAGAUUCCCUUCACAUCACUCAUCAUAUACUCAUGUGCUUUGUAAAUUUUUGUGCAUGCAUAUGCUGUUAGAGCCUUAAUUUAUUUAUUGUACAUUUUUACAAAAUCGUAGUGCUGUCGGGGGUCUUUGUUGUAAACAUUUUUGAAUAAUUGCCUUAAUUUA